CGCGCGGAGCGAAGGGCGGCGGCGGCUCGUGCUCGGCGCGGGCUCCGGAUCGCGCUCGUCCCCGCUCGCGGCUCCGGCUCCGGCUCCCGGCUCCCGGCUCCCUCCGGCCCCGCAGCCCGCGCCCGGCCCCGCGGAGGAGCGGCCAUGCCGCCGCGGCGCAGCAUCGUGGAGGUGAAGGUGCUGGACGUGCAGAAGCGGCGGGUGCCCAACAAGCAUUAUGUCUACAUCAUCCGCGUCACAUGGUCCAGUGGCUCCACCGAGGCCAUCUACCGGCGCUACAGCAAGUUCUUUGACCUGCAGAUGCAGAUGUUGGACAAAUUUCCCAUGGAAGGAGGACAGAAGGACCCCAAACAGCGCAUCAUCCCCUUCCUGCCAGGCAAGAUCCUCUUCCGGAGAAGCCACAUCCGGGACGUGGCAGUCAAACGCCUGAUACCCAUCGACGAAUACUGCAAGGCCCUGAUCCAGCUGCCCCCCUACAUCUCCCAGUGUGAUGAGGUGCUGCAGUUCUUUGAGACAAGACCCGAGGACCUGAAUCCCCCCAAGGAGGAGCACAUUGGGAAAAAGAAAUCUGGCGGCGACCUGACCUCGGUGGACCCCCUGGUCCUGGAGCAGUAUGUGGUGGUGGCCGACUACCAGAAGCAGGAGAGCUCGGAGAUCAGCCUCAGCGCGGGGCAGCUGGUGGACAUCAUCGAGAAGAACGAGUCAGGUUGGUGGUUCGUCAGCACAGCUGAAGAGCAAGGCUGGGUCCCCGCCACCUGCCUGGAGGGGCAGGACGGCGGGCAGGACGAGUUUUCCCUGCAGCCGGAAGAAGUCUCGUGGAGGUACUGGUCCUUGCCCCGGCCCGUGGGCCGCCGCCGGACCCUGGGGGACUUGUACUCCUCCAGCUGGCGCCAAGAGGAGAAGUACACAGUCAUCUACCCAUACACAGCUCGCGACCAGGAUGAGAUGAACCUGGAGAGAGGGGCCGUGGUGGAAGUCAUCCAGAGAAACCUGGAAGGCUGGUGGAAGAUCAGGUACCAAGGCAAAGAAGGCUGGGCCCCCGCCUCCUACCUAAAGAAGACCAGUGGGGAGCCCCUGCCCCCAAAGCUGGGUCCCGGCUCGUCCGCCCCCUCAGGUGCCCUUGAUCUGGACGGCGUCCCCCGGCAGCAGAGCUCAGUGGCCAGGGAGAAGGAGCUGCUCAACAGCCAGAGGGACGGCCGCCCAGCACCCGACAGCGACAUCAGGCAGAGGUCACCAAAGAUGAGGCAGAGACCCCCUCCUCGCCGGGAUAUGACUAUCCCUCGGGGUCUCAACCUGCCCAAGCCGCCCAUCCCACCCCAAGUGGAGGAGGAGUAUUACACCAUCGCCGAGUUCCAGACCACCAUCCCCGACGGCAUCAGCUUCCAGGCCGGCCUGAAGGUUGAGGUGAUCGAGAAGAACCUGAGUGGCUGGUGGUACAUUCAGAUCGACGACAAGGAGGGCUGGGCCCCAGCAACCUUCAUCGACAAGUACAAGAAGACCAGCAAGGCCUCGAGGCCCAACUUCCUGGCUCCCCUGCCCCAGGAGGUGACCCAGCUCCGGCCAGGGGACGCAGCAGCAGUGGAGAACCACGUGGGCAGCGAAGCCGUCGGCCCCUCCCGGCCCUUGCCGGACACCCCCCAUGGGGCCACAGACACAGGGAUGCCGUGGAGCAAAGACUGGAAGGGCGGGAAGGAGGCCCUGCGGAAGGCGUCGGCAGACAUGUCCGCCUCGGCAGGCUACGAGGAGAUCUCCGAGCCCAGCCCGGAGGAGAAGCCCAGCCUCCCCCCGCGGAAAGAGUCCAUCAUCAAGUCGGAAGGGGAGCUGCUGGAGCGCGAGCGGCAGAGGCGGGAGCAGCUGCGGGGCUCCUCGCCUAAGCCGCCCGGCCCCAUCCUGCCAGUGGCCCCUGCCAAGCUCUCCCCGGCCCGGGACAGCAGGAAGCCGGAGCCCAGAGCCGACAAGGGCAAGUUGUUCCAGCUGAAGAACGACAUGGGGCUGGAGUGCGGCCACAGGGUGUCGGCCAAGGCAGUGAGGAAGCCCAACCUGCGGCCCAUCUCCAGAUCCAAGGCCGAGCCGCCAGAGGAGAAGCCGGAAGCCGCCCCCCAGAACCCGUUCCUGAAGUCCAGACCUCAGGUCAGGCCCAAGCCUGCGCCUUGCCCCAAGACGGAGCCAGCUCAGGGCGGAGACCAAGUGGACAUCUGCAACCUUAGGAGCAAGCUCAGGCCUGCCAAGGCCCAGGAGAGAUCCGUGCUGGAUGGGGAGGGCCCACUGGCUGCUGGGGGCCAGGACGCGGCCUUCAGCCGAGGCUUCCUUCCGGGUGAGGGACCUGGCCGCACCCAGGACAGGCCUAGCAGACAGGACGGACUCAGCCCAAAGGAGCUGUCCUGCAGAGCCCCCCUGCAGCCCGCCAAGAUCACAGAUCCUGGGCCCAAGAACGUGCCCGUCCCUGUCCAAGAGGCUGCCCAGCAGAGACCUGUGGUUCCGCCCCGGAGACCACCCCCACCCAAGAAAGUCUCCUCAUCUUCAUCCAGGCCCCUCCCAGAGGUCAGAGGGCCACAGCAGGAAGCCAGCGAGAGCAGGGCAGCCCCUGCCCCCAGCCGUGCCCUCCUCGUGCCCCCAAAAGCCAAACCUUUUCUCUCCAACUCCUCAGGGGGCAAAGGUGGGCUGGGGCCGUGGGUAGCCAGCAAGGCGGAAGGCAAUAGGGAGAAAGCGGCUGCAGCCUCCUUUCCUGACCUUGAUGGCCUGAAGGACUCUUUGUACGUGGCCGUGGCCGACUUUGAAGGAGACGAAGACACCAGCAGCUUCCAGGAGGGGACAGUGUUUGAAGUCCGGGAGAAGAGCCCCAGCGGCUGGUGGCUCUGCCAGGUGCUCAGCGGGGCCCCUUCCUGGGAGGGCUGGAUUCCUUCCAACUAUCUCAGGAAGAAGCCCUAGCCGCCCUCCCUGCCCGAGGUCCCCUGGUCCCUGCUGGCCGCUCUGCGUAUUUAACAGGCAUCUUAAUUUAUCGGUCUCCACGGUUCCAGAGGAAGGAAGAGCCGGGAGCACGGUGGUUCCUUCCCUCCGAGAGUGGGGAGAGUGGCCGAGAUGCCGGCAGCCGGGCCUGACCCUCCCGUGGCGGCAGCCCAGGGGCUCAGAGCCACGGUCCUUGCUGGAUGGGGAUCCACGUCAGCCUUAACAGACCUCCUGCUCUUGACCGGUGGCGGUGACGCUCCCGGCCCCCAGGACUGUCACCUGGAGGAGCUCCUCACAGCAUCUCUCGCGGUACGGGGCAGCCCACCCAGUCCACAGUGACUGCGCUAGUUCUCCAUGUUUCUAGAAGCUCAGAGGCUUUAUUCACUACUUGCCAAAUGCUUGGUCCCAGGAAGAGCUGUGUCCAGCAGGCAUCAGCUUCAUGGCCAGUCCCGGGAAAGUGUCCCCUUCCCCGAGCCUCAAGCCCUUCAGCUCCUGAGGCUUGGCCAGGUGCAGCCCCGCAGCCGUGGGCCUAGAGGUCCGCCCGGCACCCCUCUUCUGCCUUGGGCCCUGACCAGCCCUGCAGGGUGGUUCCCAGCAGGCUUUGCUUUCCUGCUGCCUGCUCGGGUCCACCAGGCUUUUAAAUGCCAACUCCUGUCCCCUGCUUGCGACAGUUCAUGUUUUUCUUCCUAGGACAGAGGCUCCCAAUUUAUUUGAGUAAGGGUCCACGCCCCUCGCAAGCACCCCUCCACUGAGUAGCUAGCAGGUGCCAAAUGGGACGUGGCUCUGCACAUUCAGGGUUCAGCCCUCGCCGCGACCUCCCUUCCCAGGCCCCCUUCAUAGGUGAGGAAACAACUCAGCGUGGCCAGGGACACUCUAGCCAGCAAGAGAAAGAAAGGGGGUUCCUGGCCAGGCUGCCUGAGCCCUCCCACAGGAAGAGGCAAACCCGCCAGAGAAGGAGGGGGCUGACCGCCAGGAGAGGUGGCCAGGUGGCUUCCUUGUGGUGUGAGCGGGGGUGCACUUGCAGCCGCUCCCUCCGUCCCUGUCCCUCCCAGACCACUGCAGCAUAUGUAGGAGGCUGCCCAGAGGCUCGGCAACUGCUGCGCUCACAUGGGGGGACAUGGGGUCCUGGCCGGUUGGCAUGGAGCCCUAGUCCCUGCUCCUGGGUGGCACCCCCUGAGGGAUAAUAUUGAUGGGGCAGAGGGAGCUGAGGUGGUCUCCCAUGCCAGCCUCCAGGGGCUCAGGUGGCUUAAGGGCCAGCAGCUGGGUCUCUGCAAAACUAAGCAUAGUAAUUAGGAGCCCAGUAAGGAGGCAGCCCCCAAGACAGACGGACGCCGCCCGUCCCUCCCUGCAGCCCUCCCGCUCCUCUCUGGCUCACGUAGGGGAUUUUUUGUAUGCACCCUCCGGGAGAAACCCAGGGCCGCCUCUCCGCCAUGGUGAGAUGUUGAAGUGAGACGCGACGAGGCAGUUGAGUCACUGCAGAACCAGCAUCAGGACCAAGGUUCCAGCUCCCUUCCCAGAGAUCUUUUCUGUGCACCGGCUGCUGGCAUGUGAUGAAGCAGGACCCAGCCCCAUCCCACGGGCCCUGCAGAAGAGGUGGCGCCCUGCCCAAGAGACCUCCAAUGCGUUCACCUGCUGCCAGGUCACAACGCCCAUCACUGCGGGGCCUUUGGAACCGUGAAGCUGGCUUCCCCAGAACGUUCGCACCUACCUGCGUGCCAAAGAUUUUGUGCAAAGAGCCUCUGCAGCCCCGCCCCGUCCUCAGCCCCUCGCCAGCGCUUCCUCAGCUUGGCCUGAGGUGUCUCAGCAGGGCUUGAUUUGUGCCCAGGACCUGGAGGAAGGUGGCCAUCGCGGGGAGGGGAGGUGGGAGAGGCCACCUUCCUCUUGGAGGCCCUCCACAUGGGAGGGGCCCCGGCGUGGUUCUCCCAAGGUUUUGACCCGGUUUGGUCCACACCGUUUCUGUGGAGCUGCUUUGCAGGGCUUGACUGCCUUUCAAGAGACAGAACAAACUGGUUUUCUCUGACUCGCUUUUGGUUUCCAGUGACCUUUUCGGGAAUUUCAUAAGCACCUACUGUGUGCUAGACGCUGGGUAGACCAGAGUGCGUGGGGCUCCCAACCCCAGCUGUGAAGAGCCGCACACUUUGUCCACUGAUGGAGUAUCAGUGGCCUCGUGUCCUCCUGGGGUCAGCCCGGGGACUAGACCUUCUCCGCCCUCCUGCAGGCAGAACGUUUUCCUGCAGAUAAGGAACUUGCCUCCUUCACUGUUACAGCUCUGACAUGAACUAGGCAUGGAAGCCACUUUCCUCCCUGUUGGCUGUUCUUUGCUGGGGUCACUCCGUGGGCCUGAGGACUCCUGUGUCCAGCUCCACUGCUGCAGUGGUGGACACCUCCCCAGGCAACGGUCUUGAUGGCAGUGACCCUCCUAGCUGUCCUUGCUUGAGGACUUAGGUUUACAGCACCCAGGUGCCAGGACGGCGCUCGCUAGUCUGGAGCAACCGAUGAAGCUCAUGCAGAAUUCCCGAGUCUUGGCUGGGAAGAUGCGUGGGACCAUCCCCAGUGCCCCUGCCCAGUACCGGCAGUCCCCGGCACUUCCACACGCCCCCUUUAUUCUCUAGACAGCCCUGCGAGGUGAGCAGGAUCCACUGGGUGUGCAGAGGUGGCGGCGCAGGCCCAGCCUCAUCCCGUCAGUGGCCACGAUCGGACUCAGAUCCAGUUUGUUCUCAUUCCUGCUGCUGUCAGGAUGACGGGCGGGCGCGGGGCUCCCGGGAGCCGGGUGAAUUCAGCCAGCCUCUGAACUUGGCCAUCGCCACCCUCGAUCCAACAUUUCCUAGGUCAUAGGACGAGGGCCAGCCCGAAGCCUGGGCAAGGGUGGGUUUUCUCCUCCUGGCUGCUGCGCCCACCUUGUGAUGGCUGCUUGUCUCACAUGCCAGCGCAAAUGUGCAGCUUGUCACAGUGCCACCAAGUCUGCAGAAUCUGCACUGAAGACCCCCACUUGAUAAAACAGGACUUGCUCCAGCUUCCUGCUCAAAAGCAGUCUUUACCAUUUGGUGACAUUUGUCAUUGUCCCAGGUUGAGGCCCUCUUUUGAUGCCCCCACACUCCUAGCGCUCCUGCCAGGCUUCCAAGAGUCAUUUUAAGCCUCUGCCACAUGGUGCUCCGUAGAAUCCCUCUCCGGGGCAAAGUUCUUGGCCUUAAAAUAUUUCUGAGCCCCUGGGGGUUUCAGUGCCGGGUGGGAAGUGGGAGACUACACGGCCACGCGGAGGGCAGGGCUGGGGAGGCCGUUGGCUGCGGCUGGGCAGUCUAGUGUUUAUUGCCCAGUGCCCAGCCCUGAGAGGGCUACGGAUAAAACCGCUCCUGCCCGCAAAUAGUUGGCCGCUGGCAUUGAGAGGAGGCUGGGGUGAGACGCCAUGGUGGAGCGCCCGCCUGGCGUGUGCCAGGCCCUGGGUUCCGUGCCCAGCACUGCAAGAGCGGCCCCACGGCUGUCCUGCCCUCUUUCCACUGUGCCCACCUCUGAGGGGGGCAUCUCACAGCCCAGCCUCGUGGCAGUCUCGUCCCAGCCUCCUGGGGCUCUGGUGUGCACCACAGCCAUCCAGGCCACAGACCAAAGAUUCCCCCGCCCGGGGACCCAGGCCCAGGCGAGCAGGAGACAGGUGUGUGCCCGGACCUGAGGGUGAGGCGCGCUGCUUCCCCGCCUAGGCAUGGCUCCCACCCGGAGCAGGGUCCCCUGUGGAGCUGCCGUCACACCAGGGCCCCAGCCCCUUGCCUGCUGGUGGCAAUCCUGAGCAUCCUUCCUAGUGGCCACCGCUGCUGCCGGUGGCGCCUGGUUCUGGUGCUAGCCUGCUCGGCUUCCAGCCGCCACGCAGAGUCCGCCUUCCUCCCUGCUCCUGUCCUGCAGAGGAAGCCUUCUCCGCCCCGUCAGCGACGAGGGCCGCCGCCUCUUUGGUCCUUGGACGGACGCAGCUGGUGGCCUUGCUUUCACACCUCUGGCAAUGGACAAGAAGGCCCGGGCCUCAGCAGCGGCGGCUCUGGUAGGACGGAGGGACUGUCCCCCCGGCGCGUGCC